AUGAUCCCCCCCGAGCCGCCGCAGCAGCCGCUGCAGUCGCCGCCGCCAGCCCCGCCGAACCAUGUGGUGACCACCAUCGAGAACCUGCCGGUCGAGGGCAGCGGCGGCGGGAGCCUUUCCGCCUCCUCCCGGGCCAGCGUGCGUCAGAGGAUCCGCAAAGUGCUGAACAGGGAGAUGUUGAUCUCAGUGGCUCUAGGCCAGGUGUUAUCCCUCCUGAUUUGUGGGAUUGGCUUGACCAGCAAGUACCUGUCAGAAGAUUUCCAUGCCAAUACUCCAGUCUUCCAGAGUUUCCUCAAUUAUAUUCUUCUCUUCUUGGUCUAUACCACCACACUAGCUGUCAGACAAGGAGAAGAAAAUCUCCUGGCAAUUUUACGAAGACGAUGGUGGAAGUAUAUGAUCCUGGGACUCAUAGACCUGGAGGCAAAUUACCUGGUGGUCAAAGCUUACCAAUAUACAACCCUGACCAGUAUUCAGCUCCUGGAUUGUUUUGUGAUCCCGGUGGUGAUUUUGCUUUCCUGGUUCUUCCUGCUGAUUCGGUACAAGGCUGUGCAUUUCAUCGGCAUUGUCGUCUGCAUCCUGGGAAUGGGCUGCAUGGCCGGAGCAGAUGUGCUCGUGGGAAGGCAUCAGGGAGCAGGAGAAAAUAAGCUGGUAGGGGACCUUCUGGUCUUAGGAGGAGCCACACUGUAUGGUAUCUCUAACGUCUGGGAAGAAUACAUCAUCCGAACCCUGAGUCGAGUGGAGUUUCUGGGAAUGAUUGGACUCUUUGGUGCAUUUUUCAGUGGAAUUCAGUUAGCUAUAAUGGAGCACAAGGAGCUGUUAAAGGUGCCGUGGGAUUGGCAAAUAGGACUGCUCUAUGUUGGUUUUAGUGCCUGCAUGUUUGGUCUGUACAGCUUUAUGCCAGUCGUGAUAAAGAAAACCAGUGCCACUUCCGUCAACCUCUCUCUGCUCACUGCAGAUUUGUAUAGUCUGUUCUGCGGACUGUUUCUCUUUCACUAUAAGUUUUCAGGACUUUACCUUCUGUCUUUCUUCACCAUCCUCAUCGGCCUGGUGCUCUACUCUUCCACCUCCACGUACAUAGCCCAGGACCCCCGAGUAUACAAGCAGUUCCGCAAUCCUUCGGGACCUGUUGUGGACUUAACAACGACAGCUCAGGUGGAGCCUUCAGUCACCUACACCAGCCUGGGCCAAGAGACGGAAGAGGAGCCCCAUGUCCGCGUGGCCUAG